AUGUCUUAUAUCGCUCCUUUCCUUCGAGCUAUUUUUUCUUUGCUUAUCAUUCGAUCAGUAGUUCUGCAAGAAAGUCAUCUGAAUUUUCUAAAAUCGCUCGGUAAUAAUCCAGUAAAUUGGCUUCACGAUUUCGUUCGGCGUGGUAAAGGCUCUGUUUCCAAGUUGCCAUUUGAUGAAAUAUUCAUCGAUCAAUCAGACAGCGAUACAAGUAGCAUCUCGACAGUAGCGAAUAUUUUAGCUGAAAUCGCAGAAGCGAAUACAAAUGUUGUCAAAAUUGGCGCUGAUGUUAGUCAUUUGCUUCUUCUGGGUGGAAAUUGA